CUGCAUACUGGAAAGGAAAAGAAGCCGUCGACGUCGUCCCACACAACUGAAAAUCAGUGGACGGUUUUACAUUCACUUGCAUAAUGGAUUACGGAUACAAGAACUGCUCCUCUCUCUUUCAGAAUCUUAUCACGCAUCAACUCUCUGAAGAAUCAAAGGUCGACUAUCACUUCUUUUAGAAUCUGAUCUUUUAAGAUGCUUGAAGGUUUUGAUUACUUUACUUGGGCACGACUUCUGUUCUUGAAGAAAACAUGCUUGGUAGGAUACUAAGAAGAUGUUCACGAGGCAUAUAUUCUAAAAACUAGAAAGUGCCGAUAAUUACCUCGCCUUUCCAGAUCCGAGCUUGAAUAUAAAUAUCCAUCUUGAUCAGUUUCAAAUUCUGCACACACUCCUAAACCAAAUUUUCAGAUAUUCUACAAGAACUAAAGAGAAUGUCAGGCUACUCACACUCUCCUCCCGGCUAUGACUAUGGCUACGGCUACGGCAGCGCUUCACCUCCAGGUCAACCCUACGGUGAAACGCCACAAGGGCAGCACCAAUACGACCAUAAAGCCCAAGCCUACGGUGCUCCAGCUAAGCCUCACAAGAAUCAAGCUGGCAAAGGCGGAUACCCCGCGCCUGCUCCAAGUUACGGCAGCCUGUUCGCGGCUUUGGUUCCGUCGGUGUUCCCGCCGGGCACGGAUCCGGAAAUCAUAGCUUGCUUUCAGCUGGCAGAUCAGGACGGCAGCGGCUUCAUCGACGACAAGGAGAUGCAGAGAGCUCUGUCGUCGUACAAUCAGAGGUUCAGCUUGAGGACUGUUCAUCUUCUCAUGUACCUUUUCACCCGGACCAACACCAGGAAGAUCGGGCCCAAGGAAUUCGCUGCACUGUUCUACAGUCUUAAGAGUUGGAGGGGAGCGUUUGAGAGGUUCGACCGGGACAGAAGUGGGUUCAUUGAUGCAAAUGAAUUGAGAGAUGCACUGCUGAGUCUGGGAUUUGCUGUCUCACCUGUAGUUUUAGAACUGUUGGUCUAUAAAUUUGGCAAGACUGGAGGCAAAAAGAGGGCCAUUGAAUAUGACAAAUUCAUCGAGUGCUGUCUGACUGUUAAGGGAUUAACUGAGAAGUUUAAGGAGAAGGACAAAGCGUACACCGGUGUGGGAACUUUCACUUAUGAGGAGUUCAUGUUGACUGUCCUGCCAUUCCUCAUUGCGUAGGUUGUGUGUUGUUUAAGGCUUUAUGUAUUGUAAUAUCUAGCUCUUUCUUUCCUGUGUCUUAGCGGAGUGGAGUGCAGUGGCUGUAUUUUCUCACUAUAUAGCUUUCAUAUAAUAAGGCUUCAGUGCCUGGUUGUACCA